UAGAAAACUUGCAAAUGCUUAUUUUUACGCCCAUAGAUAGAGUUUCUCAAGACCGGGGAGAGUCGGUUUAGAGGACGGGGAAAGAAGCUCAUCAAACAGGAAAUCUAGCAAGAAAGAAGGUGAUCAAAUAAGUUACGUAAGAAAGACGUAGCUUAAACAUACUGCGAGAAAAAGAAAACACAGGAAAGCGAGUGUUGUUGUUGUUUUUUUUUUUCUUCACGCACGACUUGGCGAUAAGGAAAAGUAAAACGAACAGUUUGUUUGGAUAACAAGCCCAUCUCACCCCUGAUCGGGGGUGUAGAAUGGAAACGAUCGUCUGUGUCCAGAACCGCAGCGCCACGGCACCAUGAAGAAAGACAUGAGUUUAAACCUGGACGACCAGAACAGCUCUAACCUCAAACCGGAUUUGCGGGACGCGGAAGGUAUACUUAGCUCCCAGGACCUGGGACUCCUAAAACUGGCCUCGCCUGAGCUGGAAAGGCUGAUUAUCCAGUCCAACGGCAUGGUCACGACGACCCCGACCUCGCAGUUCGUCUACCCGAAACCGGUCAGCGACGAGCAGGAGUUCGCAGAAGGUUUCGUGAAAGCCCUGGAGGACCUGCACAAGCAGAACCAGCUGAACGGAGGCGCAGCGACUCUAAACCGCCUCGCAACAGGCGCCGCUCUCGCCUUACCGUCCGACCUUCCGGUCUACACGAACUUGAGCACAUAUGGAAGCGGCGCUCUGGGCACAGCUGUGAACUACUCCACGGACACGAUCCCUUUCCCUCCGCCACCUCCAGCGUCGUCGUCGUCGUCUUCGUCGUCGCCGUCAUCGUCGUCACACGCGAACACGCCGAACGCGCAGCAGCACGCCACGCACGCGCGGAUCCGUUCGCCCAAGGACGAACCGCAGACCGUCCCCGACGUGCAGAGCUUCGGCGACAGUCCACCCCUGUCACCCAUCGACAUGGACACGCAGGAGCGCAUCAAGGCGGAGCGCAAGAAGCUGCGCAACCGCAUCGCCGCCUCCAAGUGCCGCAAGAGGAAGCUGGAGAGGAUCUCGCGCCUGGAGGACAAAGUCAAGACGCUGAAGACGCAAAACAGCGAGCUCGCGUCCACCGCCAGCGUGUUGCGCGAGCAGGUCGCGCAGCUCAAGCAGCGGGUCAUGAACCACGUGAACAACGGCUGCCAGCUGCUGCCUACCCAGGUGCAGGCAUACUGACAAUCCUUUUCACUUUCAGCACAACUGUGCCAAAAAGUGCGGACACUGAUUUUGGUGCUCAUGUAAAUAAGAGACGUUGUGGAUUUUUUUUAAUUAUUAUUAUUAUAAUAAUAGCUAUAUACAUGUUUACACCGUUUUGUAGCAAAUGGAUUGAUAUGAACUCUGAGAAAUAACCCUCCCUGUGGAGCUUUGCUUACAUGCAGAGUUCAUUUCCUGUAUGCAUCUAAUAAAACAUGGCAUAAGAUCAAAAGGGUUCCGAAGAGAUUAGUUGAUUCAGGUGUGUUAUAUGGUUUAAACUAAACAGCAGGAAGGUAGGCCUAAAUUUGUCUUACUGACAACCAGUCUACGACAAUUGCAUUUACACUACUACGUGUCAUAGGUCUGAGACUCUGGGCCUAUCUGAGACAGGAGAAGACUUAAAGCAUCAGCAGUGUUUUUGCAUGAUAAUGAGACAAACUCAAUGAGUGCAACCAAACACAGAUGUCGUGCAUGCACGCUUAAUGUGUAAAGCCUUAACUGUGUACAAAACACUUAUUAACCAAUGACCUUAUCUAAUUUAUAUACAGCUAUUCACACAAUGUCUUAUUUCUUGCUGUUGUGACUUGUCAUUGAUUUACUUGUUUGUUUGUCACAUGUCCGAGUACCGCCUUCAAGAUUUCUUGAGAUACUGUCCAAUAAAAGUGAUCUUGUAUUUGCA